UAAUCGUAACAAACCGGAUACGAACCGGCUGGUAGCUUCCUGGUGCGCGCGCUCAACCACGUGUUGUUAAAAUCCUAAAAAUAAAAAUGGCUGAUGUAGAAGUAAAAAAGAAGAAAAGAAAGAGCAUCAGUGAAGCUGACGUUGCAGAUAUCCAACAGUCAGAACAUUUUUUACUGAAGCCUUCAGAGAAAGUAGAAAAAUUAAAUACAUCACAAUGGCCCUUACUAUUAAAGAAUUUUGAUAAAUUAAAUGUGUUAACAAAUCAUUUUGUUCCCAUUCCAUCAGGCAGUUCACCAUUAAAAAGACCCAUUGAAGAAUAUGUUAAAUCAGGAUUCAUUAAUUUAGAUAAACCUGCCAAUCCUUCGUCACAUGAAGUUGUUGCUUGGGUCAAACGCAUAUUAAAAGUAGAAAAAACUGGUCACAGUGGUACACUUGACCCUAAGGUCACAGGAUGUCUCAUAGUCUGUAUAGAACGAGCUACACGAUUGGUCAAAUCGCAACAAAGUGCAGGGAAAGAAUAUGUUUGUAUUUUUCACUUACAUAGCCUUGUAGAAGAUGAACAGAAAGUAGCAAAGAAUAUAGAAAUGUUAACAGGUGCUUUAUUUCAACGCCCACCUUUAAUAUCUGCUGUAAAAAGACAACUUCGAGUUCGAACUGUUUAUGAAUCUAAACUAUUGGAAUAUGAUAAAGAUAAAGGAAUGGGUAUAUUCUGGGUGAGCUGUGAGGCAGGCACGUACAUCCGAACCAUGUGUGUUCAUCUAGGCCUUUUCUUAGGGGUUGGAGGUCAGAUGCAAGAACUAAGACGAGUUCGCUCUGGUAUUAAUAAUGAAAAGGAAGGACUAGUUACGAUGCAUGAUGUGAUGGAUGCUCAGUGGUUGUACGAGAAUCAUAAAGAUGAAGCUUAUCUUCGUCGUGCAAUAAAACCUCUAGAAGCUCUGCUCACUGCUCAUAAACGUAUUAUCAUGAAAGACACAGCAGUAAAUGCAUUAUGUUAUGGUGCCAAGAUUAUGUUACCAGGUGUAUUGAGAUAUGAAGAUGGUAUAGAAGUAGGUCAAGAAAUCGUCAUAGUAACAACAAAAGGAGAGGCUGUAGCAUUAGCUAUUGCAUUAAUGACUACAGCUGUAAUGUCAACAUGUGAUCAUGGAGUAGUGGCCAAGUUAAAACGUGUUAUAAUGGAACGGGAUACAUAUCCUAGAAAAUGGGGUCUGGGCCCUAAGGCUAGUAUUAAGAAGAAGAUGAUUAAGACUGGUUUAUUAGAUAAAUUUGGUAAACCAACAGAAAAAACACCGAAAAACUGGACAGAAUCCUAUCAAGAUUACAAUGUUGAAAAAGUGAAAGCAGAACCAACAACUCCAGCAAAAUCAGAGCCAUCAGGUUUCCAAAUAAAGAGAAAGCAUCAAUCAUCAAGUAACGAUAGUUCAUCAGAAGAGGCCAAACCUGUUGCUAAAAAGGAAAAGAAGAAGAAGAAAAAGAAGACAAAAGAAGAUGAAUCUGAAGAAGAGCCUGUUUCAGAAAAAAAGAAAAAGAAAAAACACAAGGAAAAUGGAGAGAGUCCUGAAAAGAAAAAAAAGAAGAAAAAGAAGGAAGUAGCAUCAAGUGAUUCAGAUUGAUUUCAAUCAUCUUGUUAAGUUGUUGAUUUCAUUCAUUCUUCAUUCAUUCGUCAUCUCACUGUUUUUAAAGAAUAGAAACAUUUUAUAUUGAAUGACAGAAUGGUGUUUACAGUGCUAGAGACAAAAUAUAUGGAUAAUGCACAAUAAGUGUUCAAUAUAUUAGACUCAAUGAAUGAAAAAUGAUGUGGGGCCAUUCACUGUUUGUAAAGUGAUGAGGGCAACACAGUAGAGAUUGCAUUUGAAAUGUUGGAAAAUCAUCCUUCAUUAUAUAAAACAACUUCUUACCAUAUCAGUUAUUAUGGUAAAGAUAUAAAUAUAUAAACCUUUUCGUUACUGGUUACUAUGGGUCACCAGGUACCAGAUUUUGUUUUUAGAUAAAGGCACAGAUUAUAAAUAAACCAUACUUGUUUUUAAAAUGAUUAUCUUGUUAAGAAGAUUACAUCUUAUAUACAUGCCUUUAAGUUAAGUAUAACAUUUCUGGUGUGAAAAAAAAGGUCAUAUCUAUUAAUAAACUUAACAAAAUUCUAUGGAAUACAAUUACUUUUUAUUACUGAGUAAUAAUUCGAUUAAGUUUCUCCAGUCUUUUUCAAGCAGGAGCCAUGGUGGCUCAGUUAGUAGGACAUUGGCUCAUUAAACUGGAGGUCCCGUGUUUAAUCCCUGUGUUGGCCGAGAAAGUUCAUUUAGAUUUUCCAGCGUGAUGCAGGGCGCAGGGUCUGGCUGGGGACAAGAUAUAGUCAUUUGCCGUGCACAUUAAGGAACCUUUGACUGUUGGAAUUCGAUAUAAGAGUAGGCUGUGGUUGCACUGUCCGGGGUGGAAUUACUCUCGUAGCACACUGUAUGUAUGGUGUAUGCCAGUCUUCAUUAUCUCGGGCGCGGAACAGUAGGACGUUAAACCACAUUUCAUUUCAUUUAUUAUUCAAGUAUUGUUUAAUAAAGAGUAGAGACAUCUAGCAUAAGAGUUGCUCAGUAAUAAACAGUAAUUUUAUUCCAUAGAGAAUUGUCACCUGGUUUUUUUUUUAAGAUUGAAACAAUUCAUAUCUGUGAAAGAAGAACUCGGUUUUGAUACAUGUACAGUAAAUCUAUCUACCAUACUUUCUGGUAGUGUUGCUAUUAUAGUUGGUAUCGUAUUGAAUACCAAUUAACAAUGUAGAAUCUUGAAAUAAAAUUUUAUUUCGAAUUGUUUGUCUUUGAUAUAAUCAAAUUAUAUAUAAAAAAAAACAAUAACUUUCUAA